CUGGUAUGUAAACGGAAGCUGGAGAGCAAGAAAGAGGCCCUGCUGAUCCUCUCCAAGGAGCUGGACACUUGCCAGCAGGAGAGGGACCAGUACAAACUCAUGGCUAAUCAGCUGCGAGAACGACACCAGUCCCUGAAGAAGAAGUAUCGAGAACUGAUUGACGGAGAUCCAUCACUUCCCCCUGAAAAGAGGAAGCAGGCUAAUCUUGCACAGCUGUUGAGAGACUCUCAGGACAGGAAUAAACAUCUGGGAGAAGAAAUUAAAGAACUUCGGCAGAGGCUUGGCGAGGUCCAGGGUGACAAUAAGCUGUUGAGGAUGACAAUUGCUAAACAAAGGCUCGGAGAUGAAGAAAUUGGCAUGAGGCAUUUCGCAGCCCAUGAGCGGGAGGAUUUGGUUGAGCAGCUGGAGCGAGCUAAGGAACAGAUCGAGUCCUUGGAACAUGACCUGCAGGCGUCAGUGGAUGAACUCCAGGAUGUGAAGGAAGAGCGGGCUUCCUACCAGGACAAGGUAGACAGGCUGAACCAGGAGCUCAACCAUAUCCUGGGCGGUCAUGAGAACCGUAUCAUUGACGUGGAUGCUCUGUGCAUGGAGAACAGAUAUCUUCAAGAGAGAUUGAAACAACUCCAUGAGGAGGUCAGCCUUCUGAAGUCAAACAUUGCCAAGUACAAGAAUGCUCUCGAGAGACGGAAAAACUCCAAGGGCCAAGGCAAAUCCAGCAGUAGUGCUCUGACUGGGGUCCUGUCUGCAAAGCAAGUCCAGGAUCUACUCUCUGAAGAUCACGGGUGCAGCCUUCCAGCUACUCCACAGUCUAUUGCUGACCUGAAGUCUCUGGCCACAGCCCUUCUGGAGACGAUCCACGAGAAAAACAUGGUCAUUCAGCACCAGAGGCAAACCAACAGGAUCCUAGGGAAUCGAGUGGCAGAGCUGGAGAAAAAGCUAAGAACUCUGGAAGUUUCUGGACUGUGGAGUCUUCCAGGCCUGAGCUACAAUGUUUCAGUUGGAUUUGGGAGGGGCAAGGACACUAUACUGUUCAGUGACCAGACUCUAACCACCAUACAGAGGUCAAGGUCCCCACUGUUGAAAUUUGUGGAACAACCCACUGAGAACAAGGAGAGCACCAAGGAUGGGGAGAUUCAGAAGCAGGAGCGAGAUGAAAGCUGUGCAGCUGCUGAGGCGUUGACAGUGCCUGAGGAUGCUGAGAAGCCUGCUGUCAGCUCCCCAACACAGCCAAGCAAUAGGAACCAGUGCUCACACUUUCAUCAUCCUCCAUUACCCCAGCUCCCUUCAGAGGAACUAAACACCGUGGGAAAGGGAACUGUUCAACUGACUGAUGGACAGGAGGCUGCACACCUGGUCACCAGGGAGGCUCCCCUGGAAGAACAGAGGUGUGAGCCGGGCCUUUCCCCACCUAGCCUGGCCUCCCAGGGAGAGUGUACCACAACUCUCCAGGACCACUUGUCUUCCAUGCAGCCAGAGGCCAAAGCAUCUAGUGUGGAAGGUGACAGAGGGAUCUCGGAGGGCGGAGACAUGAGAAGCACUGUGCAAACCUGA